AUGUCUAAUACUAUCGAAGAGCCUUCUCGUACACACGACUACGGAGACAACAGUUUUCGCCAUUUCCCACCUGCUUCAAAUUCACCAAGCUCAAUCCCAAAGCCUGAACCCUUUCACAUCGAGGCUCUUCAUACCGUCCCGACCGCCCACUCCAUAUCAACAAGAGGCGUCUCCUUGUCGGAGGGCGACAAGAGUUCCACAACUCUCCGUCGCUCGCGGACUUUAUUAGGCUUAUCCCCUGACGCUCCACUCCUGGAAGAUGAUGACUAUCACGAGCGCCAAAAGCUAUGGUGGUCUAGAGUACGAAUAGCAAUGAGAGAACCAUUCGCUGAAUUCUGGGGUGUGGUUAUUAUGGUCCUUUUUGGCGAUGGAUCUGUCGCGCAAGUGCUUCUCUCAGCUGGACAAACGACUGCCCCUGGUGGAGCAGGUUUCGGACCUUAUCAGACUAUUUCUUGGGGAUGGGGUCUGGGCGUUAUGCUCGGUAUAUACGUGGCCGGGGACUCUGGGGCGUACCUCAAUCCAGCUAUAACAUUUUGCAGCUGCCUCUUCCGACAGCUACCAUGGAGACGGUUCCCGGUCUACUUUAUCGCGCAGAUAUUGGGUGCUUUUGUCGGAUCUGGUAUCAUAGACAUUCCAAGUGCGUUGAAUUUCAUCUGCUUAACAUAUAAUGACUUCAGGUAUCUACGUGUUCCAUCCAGAUAUGCCGUUUACUAUCCUGCUAUUGACUGGUUCGAAGGCGCCCCAGGGCGCAGAUCUGUGCCACCAGCUGAAAAGGCGACGGCAAACAUCUUCAGCACAUAUCCACAACCAUUUUUGAACACCGGCCAGCAGUUCGUGUCAGAGUUCGUUGCAAGUGCAAUUCUACUAUUCGUCGUUUUUGCAUUGAAAGACCCCAGCAAUCACGGCUCUGGGAAGAACGAUAAAUGGUUCCCCCUGUGUAUGUUCUUUCUUAUCUUCGGUCUAGGUGCAUGUUUCGGAUGGGAAACCGGAUAUGCCAUCAAUCUCGCCCGUGAUUUUGGACCGCGGUUGAUGUCGUAUUGUGUUGGGUACGGUACCCAGGUUUGGUCUGCCGGCGGAUAUUAUUUCUGGGUUCCGAUGGUUGCCCCUUUCUUGGGAUGCGCGUUUGGCGGAUUCUUGUAUGAUCUUUUCAUCUUCACCGGUGCUAGCCCGAUUAAUACGCCAUGGAUAGGCUUCAAAUUACUUUUGAAUCCGAGACACGCUGUACAGUUACGGCAUGAAAGACGGCAAAGAUAUGCAGACGAGAGCAUUGUAUAA